UCACCAUGAUGGACUGAGAAGAACAGAGAUCAAGUGAAAAGCGAGGAACCAGAAGAAAACACCAUGGUUGCCAUCACAGAGUUUCAGAAGAUAGGCGUAGGGCUCACCGGCUUCGGCAUGUUCUUCCUGUUGUUUGGUGUGCUGUUGUACUUUGACUCUAUCUUACUGGCAUUUGGAAAUAUCCUUUUUUUGACUGGUUUAGCAUUCAUAAUUGGACUGAGAAGGACAGCCCAAUUCUUCUUUCAGAGACAGAAGCUUAGAGGCUCCACGUUCUUCCUUGGGGGUGUGGCUUUGGUGCUUCUACGAUGGCCUGUUAUAGGAAUGGCAGUUGAGAGCUAUGGCUUUGUUGUCCUAUUUAAAUCCUUCUUUCCUGUGGUGUUUGGAUUUCUUGGAUCCUUUGUUAAUAUACCUUUUCUGAAAACAUUAUUCAACAGUUUGUCUGGCAGCAGCUCCUCUAUGGUUUGAUGAGUAAUACUGAAGACCUGACAGAGUGCUCCAGAUAAGAGGUUGUGCAUGAAUCUGACUGACUUGCUGAUCUGCAGCCAUGGAUCAACAGACAAUAAGAUGAGUGUAUAACGACUAUUGACACACAGAAGAUCUCUGGAGAUACAGGACCACAGUGUCAAGCUAUUGAUGUGGGAGUUAAAUGAGAGAAAAUAUCUUCAUGGAAUCACUGAGAGAAAAGUUACUCAGGUUCUGUGUCACUUCCUGAGAGGGGGGCAUGCUACAAAAGCAAACCACUCUUAAACCAUGUGAUAUUUAUGUAUAUCUAUAGAACUGCCAGUCAUUGCUCAAGUCUAAGGUCCAGGGGGGGCAAAUUUAAAGUGUCUGCUGUUUACUCCAUAUUCCAUUUUCUCUCUGGCAGUUUAUAACCAACAAUUCAAAUAACUGUCUGUACAAUUUAAAAACAGCCCAUUUUCUGCUAGCAAUACAAAACUGUUUCUGAAGCUUUUUGGAAAAUUGGUAUAUGGACGUUUGUCCUAAACAUAUUAUCUUCUAUUUUAUGAUAUCUUUUGAUAUUGUAUUUACAUUUUUGCACACUGUUAAAUAAAAUCCCUAACUUUAA